AUGAAGGUGGUGUUGCUGAGUGCUGUUCUGGGGCUGGCCUGGGCUCUCCAGGCCCAGGCAGAGGUCCCUGUGCAGCCUGGACUUGAUGUGAAACAGUUUUCAGGAUUCUGGUACCUGGUGGCCUUGGGAUCAGACAGCCAGGAGUUUCUGAGCACCAAGGACAAGCUGAAGAUGUCAGUUGCUGUCAUCAAGUCUCUGGAUGGUGGGAACCUGAAUAUCAAAAUAAGUUUCCUUGGGCCAGAUGGAUGUCAAAAAAUGGAUGCAACCCUUAUCAAAGAGUCCCAAGAAGGUCAUUACUCGAAUCUCGCCCUGGCCCAGAAGGAUGUGAGGGUGGUGGCGACAGACUAUGUGAACUUCGGUAUUAUCUAUGUGCUCAGCGAUGUGAAAGGCACCAUCAGCACCACUAUCCAACUCUACAGCCGGACACAAGAUGUCAGCCCCGAAGGUCUGAAGAAAUUCAAAGACUUCUACCCCACCGUGGGGCUCAGAGAUGACAUGAUGGCCAUGCUUCCCAAGUCAGAAUGCAUUGCGGAACAGGCGUUGAAAGAUGUUAGUGUUAAGGUCAGCCUAGCUCUGCUGGAAGCACAUUUGAUACUUGCGAUCAAAGGGAUCCAAGAGGGGGACACAUCAAGUCUGGUGCAAAGGGUGCCCCGCGAGUGA